CAAGGAGUCGCUGAUCAUCAACACGUCGAGAGGAAUUCUCCGCUACCUCUGCUUGCCGUUUGGUGUGAAGAGUGCUCCAGGGAUCUUCCAGUCGCUGAGCAAUGUCGCUGCCGACAUCAACGGAGCAAUUGCUUAUGUGGACGAUGUUGUGGUCACCGGAAGGACUCGCGCAGAACAUGACG